CAGCAGCCACGGCGGCCGUGGCAGCUGCAUUCUAUCGCCACGGGGCUGCAGCCUUCGCUGCCGUUACAGGCGCCCGGAGAAACGCUCCCUACGGCCGCGUCGGCGGCAAGCCGAUCAUCCCGAACCCGGAGGCCGAGAAGUUCCCUGCCGGCGUCCCGCGGGACGAGGACGGCUUCCCACUGCUCACCGUGCGCGAUCAAUGGGAGACCAACGUCACGAUGUAUAAGGAGGGUGUGGGGCCGCACCCGGGCGCGCCGCCGACGGACCUCCGCGGCGACUGGGACUACAUCGCCCCAGACCCGGAGGACGAGGACUACGACCCGAACGCGCCGCUCCCGCCGGUGCCCAUGGACCCUCCCAAGGAGCUGAUCGAGGCUCAGACGCGAACCAUCGAGUGGCCCAAAGUCACCGACGCGUACCAGCCGGCCUAGCAAGCGGAAGGCGGCAGCGCGGCAUCG